UAUAGAAAUAACAUUUCACAUCCUGGUCAUGUUGUAACCAGUAUACAAGGUAAUACUACUUUACAAUACUGGCCAUGUAUGUAGCUUUGUGUCGAAACACAUGCCAUAUUUUGUUGAAACUUGUGAGAACACAAGUAGAUGGUAGUGAGUGUUGCUGUCGCCGUCCUGUUUUGUUUCCAUACGAUGUGGAUGCUUGAAGUCAUUUUAAGACAUAUUUUGGAAUGUGUGACGCUACAAUGAAGAUCCGGAACAUACUGGUCUGUGUGUGGAUAGGCGUUAUCCGUGCAGCUAUGCCAGGUAAUGCUGAAUUUUUACUGACGAGCUCACCAGUUACAGCAACAGACGGAGAACUCCUCACCUUGAUCUGUAGCGGCUCAUCUGGUUCUGUGGUAAACAUGGUAUGGUUGCAGAACAAUACAACAAAGGUCAUUACACAAAAUAGCAACAAUUGUAUUAAGCAACCACCCCCUGUGGGGAAUAAUAACACCAACCGUUUCAGUGUGAGCUGCAAUGACACGGUCCACAGUAUACAGUUUUGUUUCAACUCCACUACAGACCAGGGAGGAUGGCAGUGCGGGAAGUAUGUAACCGAUACCUACACAUAUCCGAGAAGCAGCAUUUAUAAUAUAGGUGUUGCAAGUCCGGUCACGUCAACUCAGUCUUCAUCAACAACAACCCGGUGUAUGGAGACUACGUCCGAACCUGGGACAGUGACGCCACAGAAAGGUUGUUCUCUCUGAGAUGAACAUAUCGUACUCAGGAUAUCUACAGGAUAACGAUAUCCUGAUCAGUGGAGCAUGAACAGUUUAAAUAGGAAGUCAGACCAGACAGUAGGAGUUGUUACUG